AUGAAACCUCUACUACUGGAUCCUAAACAUAGUUCAUUUGAUGUCACAGAUGAUUCUGAUAAUCAAGCAGCCUCAAUUCAAAUAACCUGGCAAGAUUCCUCUGCCUCUUUGGAAGAAAAACUAUUUAAAUCACUAUUUGGUACAAAUGCUGUAUAUCAGACCCACAGAAAUGGAAAUGGCCCCCUUCUAGUGAAUAUCACAGUGAUAAUGUCCAAUGUGCUAAAUAUGGACAUCUUGAAAUACACCAUCACAUCUGUUCUGGUUCUGAAUCAGUCAUGGUAUAAUGAAAGGCUGGCUUGGGAUGAGCAGGAAUUCCCCUUCAGCACCAUAACUGUGCCUUGGAAUUCAGUCUGGACUCCAUCCUAUACAGUUCAAGAAGCGUUUGAUAUAACAUGGAGAGAGGAAUCCCCUAAUGUGAUACUUCACAGUGAUGGGAAAACAGAAUUUCAACUUGCUCUUCGCAUUGACAGCAACUGCAACUUUGACCUCUUCUAUUACCCAUUAGAUAGCAGCCAGUGCUUUUUGAGCUUUUUCUCACUGAACAGCAAAGUCAGUGAGCUGGAAUUCAGCACCUCCAUUGUAAAUGCAAUUCUGAAUUUAAAGCGUGAAUAUCUCAUCACAAAUGUGAACAUUACAAGCCAAAGAAAUAUGGCACAGCCUUAUUUUGUGGUCAUGGAGAAUGCAAGCAGUGCAAUCAUCCUUGCUCUCCUUGACCUCUCAGCAGCCUUCGAUACUGUUCACCAUGAUAUCCUUUUGGCCCACUGUGGGGUCUGGGGCUGGGCUGCACAGCCUGCACUGUUGCGACUCUUUUAUCCAAGGCCGGUCCCAAUCGGUGUUAAUAGGGAGCAAGAGACCCAGCCCAUGACCGUUUUUCUGUGGUGUGCUACAGGGAUUGGUUAUUACUACACUGGCCUUCUCAUAUUACUAUUCCUUAGCACAACUGAAACUAUCUUGGUGCAGAAGCUGGUCACGGGUAAUGCAAAUCUUUGUUUGAAUUAUGGAUUUAAAGCAAAAAAGAAGUUUGCUGCAUCAAACUUCCAGUUAGAAGAGGCAAAGGAUCCUGAGACAAAAGACUGUGGAACCGAUGACGAAUCACCACAUCUCAAACCUAUUUCUAGCACUUUGGACAGCUUUUUCUGCUUCAUCAUCUUAGGCCUGGUUCUUCUUUUUCAUCUCAUAUUAGCAGGACUCUGGUGUCUAUGGAAAUGUGCACCCAAGAGGCCUCCUGGAGAAAUUUAUCUAGAUGGAAUCAAGUGGGACCAUGGAGAAUAA